AAAAGUUGUGGUAUAAUUAAGUUACACACUCCUCAACUACGAUGCCUGAAGUUCCAUAUUCAAAGUUUAAAGCUGAAGAAGCAGCAAGUAAUCAAGGGGGAUAUGGAGCACAGCCACAAGGUGGGGGAUACCCACCACAAGGAGGAUAUCCCCCUCAGGGAGGGUAUCCUGGAGGUGGAGUGCAACCACAAGGAGGGGGAUACCCAGGAGCAUACCAAGGAGGUGGUCCCCCACCAGCUGGAGCUUACCAAGGAGGUGGUCCCCCACCAGCCGGGGCUUACCAAGGAGGUGGUCCCCCACCAGCUGGGGCUUACCAAGGAGGUGGUCCCCCACCAGCUGGGGCUUACCCGCCACAAGGAGGAGCUCCCCCUCCUGCAGGGUCUGUUCCAAAGUAUUCAGGGGAAAUGCCAGAUGAUGAUGUCAUGGAUGACCCAAACCGAGGAGAAACACAGCCUACAGCGCCCCCUUUGGAGAAGAUGGAUCACAUAGGAGGUUACAAUAAUAUCGGCUUUAGUGCCCACCUUCUUCCUCCACCAUCAUAUGAUGAGGCCACAAAACCCCAGCCACCAGAGGAGAGACAGGCCAUCCAAAAUGUCCCCACUAUUACAGAACAGGAUGCCAGGGAGGCACUUUUAGGUUAUGUGGCAGAACACUGUUGCUAUGGUAAAGGGGCUGCCGAAGAUCUCAGAUUUACUGACCUCAUAUCCACAAGCGCAUUUCACUAUACUCUAGAAUCCUUUGGAGAAGGUAGAUCUACCUGCUGGGCAUAUGAACCAUAUUCAGGCCAGCCAAUAGAUGGACCACACAAUGGCCCAGCUCCAGGCCCCUGGGACAUACAGGCCUCACCCCAAACAAUGUUUCAGAACUCAGAACAAAAUUUUGAAGUGCCACACACCGCUUCUGUCAAACCCUGUCAUGAUUGUUUUGCCACAGGCUAUGUCAGAUGUCACAGAUGUUUUGGCCGUGGGAGGGUAAGAUGCAACCAUUGCCAUGGAAGUGGUCAUGUGACUCGUUACCAUAAUGGCGAACACAGGCAUGAGCGAUGUCAUUGGUGCCAUGGAUGUGGAAGACGAGAGUGUUACACUUGUCAUGGACAUGGAAUGGUGGUGUGCAAGACAUGUGCUGGGCUUAGAAACUUAAAAUGCUAUAUCAAACUUACUGUCAAAUGGACAAACCAUGUCAACGAUCACAUUGUGGAGCGUACCCCUCUCCCUGAUCAUCUGAUAAGAAAUGUGUCGGGACAGAUUGCUUUUGAGGAAACUAAUGUCAAGGUUUGGCCAAUCAACCACUUCCAUGAAAGAGAAAUUAAUGAAGCCUCAGUGCGCUUGAUCAACAAUCACCAGUUCCCCUCUGAACGUAUUCUGAUGCAGAGACACAGAGUAAGAAUAGUGCCUGUCACCCAGUGUAUGUACAAAUGGAAGAAUACAGAGUCAGACUUCUUUGUUUACGGAUUUGAACACCACUGUUAUGCACCAAACUACCCUCAAACCUGCUGUUGUGGGUGUUCAAUCCUGUAAUCAGUCUGUCACCAACCAGACUAAGGACAGAUUAUUCUAUCAUAAUAUUCUAGAAUAUUCUCAAAAGUGCUAGAGUAAUGUAGUGGACAGAUUUUUUAGAUCACCUGAGUCAUUCUGGUGAUGAAUUGCUAUCCAAUUCUGUCCAACCCCCCCCCCCCCCCCCCCCCCCCCCCCCCCCCCGUAACAUUGAUGAAUAUUUUCACCUUCUUUUCAAGCUUUGAAAUGGCUGAACAAAUUCCAGUCAAUUACAUUUAGAGCAUCUAUAUGUACAUGUAUAUGUGAAUCACCAUGUCUGCUCAUAUACAUGUACCAAAAUGUAUACCUUUCUAACAAUAGUAUAAUGGAAAAUGAUAAGACAAUUGUAUGGAAUACAAAGCUUAUCAGUGAAUAAUUAAGAUCGUUUUUGCAAGUUUAAAGUCAUUUUUAUUUCAAGAGGGAAACUUUUUUGUAUUUUACCCUCAUGUAAGAGAAACAUAAAAUUAAAAAAAGAAAACUUUAGGGUAGCCAUAUGAUAUGUAUGAUGUAAAGACAUAUAUUUUGUAUAUAUGAUGUAGAAACAAUCAGAUGAAAAUCAUAUUCUUUGAGCCACUUAAGUAAAUCACUGCUUUGGAGUAGCAUCAAAGGAUAUGAUUUUCAUCAGACUGGAUGUAGAGAUAGCUUAUGUCUUUAAAGGAAUAGUGAAAUGUUCAUGAUACCCAGGUUACCACCAGGGCCAAUUUUCCUCUUGCUUUUAUCUUAUAAAUGUUUAUAGUAUUGGUGUAAUUAUUUUAAGUGCAAUAUUAUUACAUACUGUGGAAUCGUUAGAUUUCAUGGUGGCUUUAUUUUCGAGGAAUUCAUGGGUACCUCUCAUCCAUGAAUAAACAUCCUCCACAAAUUAAUAAACUAUGCUCACAAAGUCAUAUUUCCAUUUUUAGGUAUAUGAGAAUACACGAAAUUAUGCCCUCAAGAACCUUUAAAAUUUAAGCAAUCAACGAAAAUUGGCCCUCACGAAUUUUAAGGAUUCCACAGUAUGGACAAGUAUUUUUAAAAAAGAUUGAUAAUUGAAAGAUUCACAGAUUGAAUUAAAGGUUGUCAGAUAUAUUGAUUGAUGUGUCUCUGAAGGUUAAACUUUGUCUGCAUUUACUGCAUCCCUCCAGCUAUACUAUAUACCUCGGUGAUAUCCUGUGAAGGACUGUUUCCCAGUCCGGGCAGUUUAUGAAUCUAUUUCAGUUAAAAUUGAAUACAUGAAUCAGCCACAUACUGUAUACAGGGACAUUUUCGCCCCCGUUUUAUUUUCACCCCUUUCGCCCUACUCAUCACUGGGCAAAUUUAAAAUGGGGCGAAUUCAAAGAACACAAUAUAAUAUCAUAAACAGAACUGUGACUGGGCGAAUUAAAAAUGGGACAAAAUUGAAAGUGUGAAAGGAUGAAAAUAACACGGGGCAAAAAUUACCCUGUAUACAGUAUUUAAAUUUUUUUUUUUUAUGUAUUUGCCAUAAUGAUAAUAAUAAUAGUAUUUCGUUGCAAGAAUAACCUUUUUUAUUAUUUAAAAAUUUAUAAUGUAUAAGUUAGAUUAUAGGAUUUAAGACUUUACUUUUUAGACACAUUGAAAAUCUCUUGUAAUUUGAAAAGUUUGAUACCUGCGCAUUUAGUUAUCAGCUGAUAAUAAUUGUUUGGCAUUUCAAAUUUGUGUGUGAUAUGAUACCUGCAAGAGGCAUCUGCUGAAAGUAACUGUACAAACAAAACGUGUUAUCAUCACAUAAAACCUUGAAGUACUAGUAUAUCUGUACAAUACAUGUACAUGGAUGGGAACAGUUGUGAGUUAUACCUUUACAAAGUAUAUUAAGGUCUUCGUAUGCUUACAUAAACAUGUAUUAUAUAAAUAGUGUUAAGUCAUGAAAGGUUGUUGUUAUGUUGUUGUGUUGUAAGAAAAAAGCAAUAUAAUUGUCCUUUUUAAUCUUGCAGUAUUUAUAUUUAAGAGUUAUUCUCUGUAAGACUUUCCCUCAUAUGAGAGCUGUCAGAUGGCACAUACAAUAUUUUUUUACAGCGUGAGUAGAAACAAGGUAUCAUGGUUUUGUGUAAGUGAUCAAUUUGGUAUUUUUGGUCUUUGUUUGGGAUCACUAAAGAUUCAAAGAAGCUGAAAAUCUCAAUUUCCAAAUUUUUCUGUGUAAGUCCAUGCACCUAAGACACAUAGCUACCAUAUUUUAUUUGAUAUAUGUUCUGAAGUUGGCCCAUGAUAAUGAGCAAAGUUUAAUUUAAAAAAAAAAGUCUAUCUGUGACUGUGCUUGCUCAAAAGUGUAAGUACAUGUACUUGCAAAGAAUUGGUUAUUGGAGAAAAUUGUCUGUUUGUAUUGACCCCAUAUUUUGUGUAUUUUUGAUUCUGCUUGUUUAUACAUUUAAUUUUUAUGUUACAGUAAAAGCUAAUAAAAA